AGCCGCUAUCAGUGUUUACGAAUUCGCGCGAAUACAACCGGUUCCGAUUCGGUGUUAUUCGAUGAAAAUGAAACCGACCCUUUUGACGUAACCGCGGCGCGAUCCUCAUUUCGGCACCGUGUAGCCUUCGUAACUUCCAUCCCUUCAGCAUCCUCUUGGAUCCCUUUCGGCCGGAGCAAUGGUUAAAUAUCAUCAAGUUGUGCUGCUUUUCAGCCACAUCGGCAAGAACUGUUGUGUACCUCACGGCCUGUCCGCCAAGAAAUUGUUCACUAAUCAGCUGCGCCGAAUUUCAGGGAUUCAACAACAUGACACAAUUUACUUCAAGGAUCCCAUCGACUCAUCAGAGAAACACUUUCACAAAAUUCUCAUCUCAAAUCGUGGUGAAAUUGCCUGCCGCGUCAUCAAAACUGCCAAAAAAAUGGGGAUAAAAACUGUAGCAGUUUACUCCACAGCCGACUCAAAUUCUCUACAUGUCAAAAUGGCUGAUGAAGCUGUAUGUAUUGGACCUCCUGCCGCAAAGGAGUCUUACUUGGAUACGGAGAAAAUUCUGAAAGCAGUUGAGGAUACUGGAGCGCAAGCUGUUCAUCCAGGUUAUGGAUUCCUCUCUGAAAAUUCACAAUUUGUUGCAGAAUUGGAGAAACGUAACAUCGUGUUUAUUGGUCCAUCAGCAAAAGCCAUAGUGGGUAUGGGCGACAAGCUGGAGUCUAAAAGACUUGCCAUGGCUGCUGGAGUCAACACAAUUCCAGGUUUUGAUGGAGUCAUUAAAGAUGCAGACCAUUGUGUUAGCAUAUCUCGUGAUGUCGGUUAUCCAGUAAUGAUCAAGGCCUCAGCUGGAGGAGGAGGAAAGGGCAUGCGCAUCGCAUACAAUGAUAAUGACGCUCGUGAGGGCUUCAAACUUUCUUCUCAAGAGGCAGCAUCAAGUUUUGGAGAUGAUAGGAUGCUUGUGGAAAAAUUCAUUGACACACCAAGACACAUUGAGAUCCAGGUAUUAGCAGACAAGCAUGGUAAUACAAUAUAUCUCAACGAGCGAGAGUGUAGUAUUCAAAGGCGGAAUCAAAAAGUAAUUGAAGAAGCUCCCAGCAUAUUUUUGGAUGCCGCAACACGGGCAAAAAUGGGAGAGCAAGCCGUCUCUUUGUGCAAGCGCCUUGGUUACUACUCAGCCGGGACUGUGGAGUUUUUAGUGGACUCCCAGAAGCAGUUUUACUUCCUAGAGAUGAACACUCGUCUGCAAGUCGAACAUCCUAUCACAGAGUCUAUUACUGGUAUUGAUCUUGUUCAUCAGAUGAUUCGUGUUGCAGAAGGUUAUUCAUUAAAACACACACAGAGCGACAUUGAAAUCAGAGGCUGGUCAAUAGAAAGUCGUGUUUAUGCUGAGGAUCCGUACAAAAAUUUUGGUUUGCCCUCCAUCGGACGUCUUUACAAGUAUAUUGAGCCAACUCAUAUUCCGGGGGUGCGAUGUGAUAGUGGUGUUGAGGAAGGAAGUGCUAUUAGCGUCUACUACGAUCCAAUGAUAUGCAAACUAGUCUGUUCCGGCCCGACCAGACAGGAUGCUAUCGCCACAAGUUUAGCUGCUCUCGAUUCAUACGUAAUUAGAGGAGUUACUCACAACAUACCUCUUCUCAGGGAUAUUCUUACAGAAGAUAAUUUCACCUCUGGUAAUAUCAGUACAAACUACUUGCCUCAAACCUAUCCCAAGGGAUUCACAGGAAGAACAUUGUCGGUCAGAGAUGAGAAAAAACUUACUGCUCUAGCAGCUGCGAUUUUUGUCAAGAAGGAGUUGAGGAGCUAUGACCUUGUCUCGGGGAAAUUGAUGCAUCCGCCACCAACCAAGUGGACGCUGGUCGUCAUGUAUCAGGACAAAGAAAUUGAUGUUGAAGUCGAGUUAGUAGGUGAUAAAAUCAAGGUUUACAUCAAUGAUGAAACUCUUGAAGUAAAGAACUCAUUCAACUUAGCCAGCCCAUUAAUCCAAUCAGAAAUUGAUACUGAGCCACUUACUUCACAGUUUGUCUCCAAAACUCCAGCCGGACACAUCCACUUAAUCUUUGAAGGAUCUGAUUACAAAAUACGGGUGUUGACUAAAGACGCAUCUGAAUUGGCUGCUCUGUUACCCAAAAAACAGAAGUCCAAUGUGUCAAAGACUCUUUUGGCGCCAAUGCCUGGCAUUGUGAAAUCAGUUACUUGCCAAGUAGGCGACAAAGUAUAUGAAGGCCAAGAGCUCUGUAUCAUAGAGGCCAUGAAAAUGCAAAAUUCUCUUCCUGCAACACAAGAUGCAGUUGUAAAGACCAUCAAUAUCAAAGCGGGAGACCAAGUUGCUGAAAGUGAAAUUUUGAUAGAAUUUCAAUGACAUAAAUUAUAUCUCUUUUUAUGUUUUGUUAUGUUUUACUCAUUAAUAAAUUUUAACAUUGUUUCUGACCUCA